GGUAUGGAUAUUUUCUGGAACCACACAAUUUCCAAACACAGAGAAGAGAGUUGAAAAUAUAAUGUUCAGUGGAGUAUUUGUCACAAACUUUGAGGUGUUUGGAAUGUGGUAAAAAGCAUUCUUGAGUGUUAGAAGAAAGCAAUUUUUUUACCUACAGUAGUUUCUUAUCUGUUUGAUAUGUCAUCUACCACAUUUACCAAUUUAUUGUUUUCUUAUGUAGAUCAUUCAUAGACGACUUUGAAUCAGUGGUUGCAAAAUGUGUUGUUGAUGAUGACAACUCUCCACAAUGGAGGAAGUUGGCUUGGAGUCAGGACUGUUCUAUGUUGGCUUGUUCUUACAGCUCUGGUGACAUAGUAGUGUUUGACCUUGCUGGAGAGCUACUCUUUACAAUUUCUCAGACUGUGGGAACUAUUCCUUCAGAUCUCAGUGACUGCAUAGCUGGAUUGGUUUUUAUUGAGCAUAAAUAUAGCUCACAGUGGUCUGCAGAGCUGUUAGUGAUAAAUUAUUGUGGUGAACUUAAGAACUAUUUGGUCAGCUCUACCAAUGGUUUCCAAAAGAACCACACAUUCUCCUUUGCCAAUGUUCUACCUCAUGGAGUUUGCAGUGUUGUGUAUCAUCCUCAGCACAGCCUGUUGAUUAUUGGCAGUCUUAUUGGUCAGGGGCAGAGAAAUUCGACAGAUGAGUCAUGCCCAGCCUCUCAGUGUGGUUUGACAGCAUGGAGGAUUCUUUCAGGGUAUCCACAUUACAAUCUCAUCGAAGAUGAAGGCACUAAGUUUAUUAAGGCUGGAUCUGGGAUUUUAAACAAGCUUAGAAGUUUCCCGCUACUUAACCCAAGAACUGAGGGACAGGAUGGUGUGGUUCACAUGUCCCUGUCCCCAGAUGGUACCAAGCUGGCAGCCCUUCAUUUGUCAGGAGCCUUGUCUUUGUGGCAGGUGCCAUCACUUAGGCAUAAGAGAACAUGGACGCAAGAUGAUCAGCCUCCAGUCAAACAUCACGAAGAACGUCCUGGAUUCCCAGCAUCAAAACCAUUGGAUUCUACCAAGGAUACUUCCUUUUAUGGUUUAAUGGAUGUUAAUUGGUGGACUGAGGAGGCUUUAAUUCUGUCUCACAGCAUAGGAGCAUUAACUGUAUCAUCCACGGAACAAAGUCUUCAUAACUUGCUUGGCAACCGUCCAGAAAAGUGUGAACCAUGGUCAUGCAUUACUGCUGCUUAUGAUAAAGGAUUCCUUAUCUUGGAGUGUGAAAAUGAAAUCAAGAGCUUGCGAUCCAAGCUUGUGCUUAAUAAUGGGAACGAUGAUGAGAAUGAAGAGAAGGGAGCAGGCGAGUUAGACAGUGAUGAGAAUGACGAUGACGAGGAUGAUGAUGAUGAUGAGCCAACUCUGAUGUCAAGAUCAAAACAUUGUGCUAAACAGGUGAUGUUUUUCCUAACUGAAAGUGAAAGAUUUCAACCACCUAUUAAGAUACGCAGAGUUCUUCACCGCACAUAUCGACUAGUGUGUUUAAGGUCCACGACACCUGAGGAACUCUAUGCUAGGAAGAUUGAACACGAGGAAUAUGGCGAAGCACUAGUCCUUGCACAGACAUAUGGAUUAGACAGUGACUUGGUUUAUCAGAAGCAGUGGAGGAAAUCUAGAGUUUCUGUAGCCUCAAUCCAUGACUACCUGAGUAAAGUCAAGAAUCGUUUGUGGGUUCUGAAUGAAUGUGUGGAGAGAGUACCAGAAGACUAUGAGGCUGCAAAACAGCUGCUGCGCUAUGGUCUUCAUGGAACAGAUGCCAAGGUAGUGGACAAUGUGGGUUGCGAAAAAGGACCCUUGCCAUUUAUUAUAAAGGCAAAAGAAGAUGAGCUUGAAGAUGACGAGGAGAGAAAGAAGAAACGUAGAGAGCUUGAGGAAUCCUUAAAGUUUGUCAGUUUCAAUCUGGAGCAAAGAGACAUUUGUAUGUACCGUCUGAAGCUUCUUCAAUACCUUGAUCGUCUCUCCACCUAUGAAGUUAUUUUAGGUGGACUCCACAUAGCUCAUGAGGAGUACUGCCACACCUUCUUUGAGAGAUUUAGAGAGUUGAACAUUAUUCAAGCUGCUGUGGAGUAUGCUAGGGAAGGAAACUGGGAAGCAUUGGAUGCAAUCUUCACAUAUCAUGGCCAAGAGACCCUUCCACACAGGCUUGCUAUUCUUUCUAACUUUGAUGAGACUUUGCCCCCAUCGGAGUAUAGAUCUCUUCUUCCAGAGGCAGGGUACUCAUCAGAUGAUCCAGAUAUUUUAGAAUGGGAUGAGAAGUCCUGGAGAGAUUCCGACUGGGUGGAGCAGGCUAAGUGCAGGCAAGCUUUAGGUUGGGAUGACAGUGGAGACCCAGCAGAAUUUAUUUACCUUGAGAACCCUGAUUUGCAACAGUACAGGUGUGAGCUUUCUUCUGAUGUUGUGACACAGUGGUACAGGAGCAGAGCCUGUGAGAUGGAAUGCCUCUCCAAGCAGGUUGGAAAUUCCCUGGAACUAAUAAAACUUGGAAUGGAAAGAGGCAUCAAGGGGCUUAGAGAUCUUCAUGAUGACCUUGUUACACUUGAAGUGUUAGUUUAUGAGAGUUGUGCAGAUGUUUAUCUCAGUUUGGAAACAUUUCAAAGCAUGACAGAACUGGACAAACUAAGGAUGCUACUUAAGAAGUCUACAGAGGAAACAUUCAUUGCGGACUUCAGGCGCUGGGUCAUUCCCUUUUUGGAACGGCUUGGAAAACGUAAAAAGAAAUCUCAAGUGAACCUGAUCCGUCAGUAUUUAACUGAUGUUGCCAAGACAGACCUGACACAUGUGUUGAAAAUAUUCCAGAACUCUACACCAGAGUUAAAAGAACCUAUCAUAGUAGAUACAGCCCAACUUAUGAAGCUUGCAUUGGAUUGCAUUUAUAUCACUAAGAGAUUUGAUCAGUUGGAUUUGUCCUUCAGUAUACUGGAAUGUCUGCCAGCCAGCAACGAAGAUGUGCUCUCAGAUCAGAUUCAAGAGCUUAACAUACAAGUUGAUCAACUGGAGGUUUACUUGUGUGCCUGUGAGACCCUUGCCAAACAUGGUCUUCAGAAGCCAGUGUCCUUUGUUCUGGAGACACAUGGUAGUCUGGACGAAGCUAGAGCCCUUAUGGUAACCUUAACGAAGGCUGCAGCCAAACAGAGUCCACCAUUAAAGGAGAACAACUGGAGUGCACUUCUUGGUGACAUGUUGACCCUUCAAAGAGAAGUUUACACUUGCAUCGAGCCAUCAGUGUGCUAUGAGAUCUACACAGAGACUCUGCUCCACUCUGGUAGAAGAGAGUGUAUUCAGCUAGCUGGCCAGAUGAUCUGCAAGACAGCUAUGGAGGAGGACUAUCCUGUACCAGCCAACCCUGUUCUUGGUCCUCGUAUCAAGUGUACAAGAGGCACAGAGCUUGUUUUGGAUGCUGCUAAAGAGUAUUUCAACUCGUCUGCUGAUCUGUCUGAUAAGGUUAUGGACCUAGCAAGGGAAUGUUUAAAUCUUAUUGAGGAUCGGUCACCUGCACUGCAAGAAGAGUUUGAUUUGAUUGCUGCCUUGGCAUUGCUGGAUGAUUUUGGAAUCUCAAUUCUUCCUUUGCAAGUUCGAUUAUGUGAAGACAAGCUCACCUUGGUCCGUCAAAUGUUAGAAUCAACGACCACAGCUUACAAAAAGAAGAAGAAGAUCCUACAUCUUGCCAGCUUGCUUCAGAUCUCAGGCUCUGAUGAAAAAUCAAGGCGUGGCCGUGUACUGAUGCUGACAGCUGAGUCUGCUAUACAGGCACUGGACUACUCAGUUGCUUGUGAAAUAUGUCAAGGUCUGAUAUCAGAGGAAUAUGCUCCUGUGUGGACCAUCUGCAGGAUUCUUGGAGAAUGUGAAGAAUUCAAAGACCUGAAGGCAAGGCAAAGUCUUCUUGCAUUUACCCUGACUCACUGCUUGCCAGAUGACUUGGAAUCUGUUCUUAAAUCCAGAAGUCUCCUAGAAACUCAGAUUUUAUAUCAAGAGCUGCAUCAACAUAUGCAAGUGACAGACGAGGAAACCAAGGACUCGUCUAUGGACCAGGGUCUGUUGACUCACCCCAAGUCCCUCUUGUCAGCUGUUGGGGACCAGAAAUUCUGGAAGAAUACAAUGAAGUGGAUCAGACCUCUGCAUGAUGAACAGACCACACUAUCAGACAGUGAACUAAUCAAGCCAAGCUCACAGACUUUCAAUACGCAUGGGUUUCAUCCAUUCUACAAGUCAUUGGUGGAAAGAAAUGUUACAAGAUCGAAAAGGGACAGAUUACCAUAUGAGCAUCACAUUUCUAAACAGAUGGCUAACAAGCCUCUGCUGUUCAGUCGCUGUCUGUUAAGAACACAAAAGUUGUCUGAGAGCAGGUCUGAAGGAGAGAUUAUUGAACCCAGUGGUGAAGUUAUGAUCCGGUUGGCAGAGGCAAUUCUAAAGGAAGACACAACGCUUGGGAUUGCUUAUCUACUGGCACUUCAUGAGGCAUCUGAGGUCGAUGAAUUUUUCAGCAGUUUUGGAAGUAGUUACCUGUGUCUUCACAUGGCAGCAUACUGCUUUGCGGUUAAUACCUACACCAGCCUUCAACCUUCACUGUCGACUCAUCAAGCUGAUGUUUAUCAUCAUCUACCCUCUGAUCUCAUUGAUCAUGUUAUGAGUCACGUGACUGCUGGUGUGCACCAUAACUGGUCUGAGGAGUCACAGCACUUUGCAGGCUUCCUGGUCCGGUACCACAACCAUAUGGCAGACUUUGCACAGGGACAACUGCUCCAGAGCUUAGGAAAGGGAGUUGACAUUGGUCGUUUUGCUCAAGAUCCUGAAUAUAAGCGGGAGACCAUCCUUGGUUUAGCAAUGGCACUUGAGGAAGAAGUAUUCAACACAGCCAUGUCAUUAGCAGAACGUUAUGAUGUUUCUAAGUGGGAGAUGCUUAUGACACAUCUGGAGUGUCUUUUUUCAGACAGCAACCUGUCAACGAAAGAGAUUCAAGAGAAAGUCAACAAACUUGGGAUCAUGGACACCCUGCUUCAGGAUCCAUGCAAAGUAGCAGAACGAAUGCAGGAGAAUGUGUAUGUGACUAUUGAUGGCACCAAACAUGCACGGUUGAUUUACUACUACAUGCUUCUGGAACAGUGUGAAGACAAAGAUUCCACUUUGAAGGAUAAAAUAGUUGCUCAAACUCACCUCAGAAUACUGAAGAAAAUAAAGGCAGCUGCUCCUGGCCUGGACUACAAGAAACUUACAACAGCAGACUCACCUCUGCAGGUUUUGAAGCCUGUGCUCACAAGUGCAAAUGUACAUUUGUUAGCUAAGCUAGCAACAAAGAUACCAACCAAGGAUGGCAGUUUUAUAGAACCUUCAAACGUGUUUAGGAUAUAUAUAGAGAAGCUGUUUUGGGAAGGAGAACAGAAGACCAAAGAAAGCGAAGUGGAUCAACCAGUUGACUGGAAUAAGCGUUAUGACGCUUGCCACAAAAUGUUAGCUCGUCUUUCAGCUCAUGGCGUUCAACAGUUUGUUGAUUCUGUAACAUUCGGUGAAUCAGCUGUGGAUAACAUACCAGUAGAGAACAGAGUAGAGAUUGUCAACAGAGCUUUGAAAUUUGCUCGACAGCAAGAUGCUGCUCUAAAGAAGAAGGGAAUCAGUGAGACACGGGAAGAAAGUGGCCCAGAAGGAAACAUGAGUUUUGAGCAAGUUAUUAACCACUUGGAACAGUCCUGUAGACACCUGGAAUCUCUUGCUGAUUCACUUAUUUAUGAGCUGACUGAACAUGAUGAGGAGAUGGGUACAAGCUAUGCUCGGCUGUAUGCUCUAUCCCGCUCAGAACCAGAUGAGAUAUGUGACCUGGUGUCCCUUAUGCUGAUGGGUGGUGCAUCUUUAGAUACAAUCAAUGAGCUUCUCUUGCUUGCCUCAAGACAAAAACCACAAACAGGGAGGGUGGGAAAGACCGUGCAACAAUCCUUAAAGGUUGUCCUGGAGUCUUUUAGUGAAACAACAAACCCAUCUCAUCCAUGGCUUGGCGACCAGAACCCAAUGGACGUUUUACGCAUAAUUAUAAACACGGUUAGCGUACACGUUCAGAAAGGAGGGACAAUGACCACUCAAGAGGAUGUGCUCGAGUGUUUACGACCAUUUUGUGCGGAUGUAACUGUGUCUGCUGCAAUAAAAACCACUGUUCUUCAGUUAAUGGAGGAAUCUUUUGACCUCAGUGGAGAAGAUACGUUUCUACUGUUGUUUUAUCAAACAGAUGCUGUUGUGUCCUCAACAUGGAACAAAGAGCUCACACCAGAAGACAUUGACAGUGACACUAAAAGACACCAGCUUUUUGAGACCCUCCUGAAUGAGAGCCUCUCACUUUUUCAGCUCCUUUGUCUGGCGACCCUAUUACAGAUAUGGCCCGUGCUUGCAGCUACCGAACUGAACGAGGAGCCAUCAACUAACCCUUGGGUUCAACUCAUGGACAAAAUAAUUCGUUGUCAUGGAGAUGGAGAACAUGUUGUUGAUAUGCUGAAACAGCUCUGUUGUACUACAAGUCUCAAUGUAGAGUGCUGUUCUCAUGUUUACAACUUGAUGCUGCUCAAGUGCCGGACCCUUCAUGCCUUAAAGUUUGCUUUGGUUUCAAAGAGUGAAGCUAUGCAUCACCUGGCAUUGGAAAACAUGAAGAAUCUUAAGCCCAAUUCAAAUUCUUAUGAUGAUGAACUGCUGGAACUUCUUAUAUCACAUGGCCUAACAGCAGAGGUGGCACAAACUCCCUUCCUUACUCCCCUCAUUAGCUUUGUUGUCCGCCACCCUGAUGGACACACAGACACUCAGUCAGGUGACACAGCAGCAUCACAGCCAGGUGCACGAGUCAAGCUUGUCGCCUCUCAGUUACAGGCAGCAGGGCACUGGGGAGAAGCAGGGACGUUAAUGUUGAAUUACCAUGGGACACAUCCUGCUUUGAGGACAUUUGACUCUGCUGUAGGUGCCCUGUCAAGGUGGCUUAGGAGAUAGUUGAAACCAUGACAACCGAGCCUGGUCCUCUGGCAUUCUGGCAAGAACCAUGCAGCAAACUCCUGGCAGGAACCAAAAUUGAUUUUGAAUAUGGACAGUUUAAUAAUAGUUUUUGGCAUUUUAAGUACAGCAACACAAGAGGUCUUUCAAGAGACUAAAAAAUAAUAAUUAAAUAUUUUGCAUCGUGAAGUGGUGAAAUGUUUAGGCUUAAAUACCACUUUGAAUUGAGGCAGGACAAAAAAAUCUUGCUUUAAUAUUUAUCUCUUAUUAACCGAGCAGGAGGUCUGUAUGGGAGAAUCUUGACCUCGGUCGUGAGUACAGACC